AUGCCUACACAAUCCGAAAAGAAAAGAAAACAACGCAAGGGGCGGUACCGAAAUUUAGGUGAGCAAACCCAAAACGGUCCUUCUCAGGACCAGGGGGAAACCCCACUUAUUUCUGCCCACCAAAAUGAAGUAUCUUCUUCUGUUGAGUUUUCUUCUAUGUCCCAAAAUGAUUCCACCUUCCCCACCGAAAGUCAAUUAUACUUUACCUUCGACAACUUUUCAGUUAUUGACCAAUCCCAAGACACUCAAAUCCCCGACCAACCUGCUACUCCUACUACACCUUUAACCCCUUUUUCUAUAACUUCUGAAGCUGCUGUGCCAAGGAAACAGAGAAAAAUUAGUGAGUCCUCACUCGAUACAGCAAGCUUAAUUUCCUCUCUUGAUUCUGUUUCCAUUAUUUCAUCCCGUACUUCCUCACCUUCAACUUCAAAUAAACGUAAAGUUGGCCGUCCAAAGAAACAAACCCGAAAAAGCGCUGGCCGUAAACCUAAAAAUCUUCCGCAUCCAAAUCAUCCAAAUCCCUCAGUUCCUAUUAUUGAUUUUUUAAACCUUCUUUUACUAAAUUUUGUUACCCAAAAAACCGAUGACCCAAAUGCAAUUUGUAACCGAACCGACAUGCCACUCCACCAUGACAAUCUUGAAAAUAAUCCACUUCAUAUUGAAAUACUUUGGAAUAAUUUGACAGAGUGGCUAGAAGGUCAAGAUAUUUUUGGUUUCAUUUCCUUUCUUUCCCGAAACGUAAACACAAACACUGUUGUAGUUGACCCGCGUACUACUCUUCCUUUUGAUAUGAAUUAUGCCCAUAACCUUCCCGACGAAGACUUUUUUGCACGUUGUUAUGGUUUAGUUCAAGGCGAAUUACCUCAAGUCAUAGUAUUCCCACUUAAUUUUCCUGGCCAUUGGACUUUAGUCGUAUGGGAUGCGACUGAAAAUACUGCUUUUUACAUUGAUUCUACGUGCACUCAUCUCCCUUCUCGUAUCCAUGCCGAUGAAAGAGCUCCAAUUGUCAAAUCUUAUAUUACACGCAUAACCAAUAUUCCUAUAAAUGAUAUUAAUAUUGUCGAUUAUCCCCUUUCUCUUUAUACACACCAACAAGAUGGCUAUAGCUGUGGCUAUUUUACCUGUUUGUAUGCUGAAUCUUGGCUCUUAAAUAACCGAAAUAUGUUAUUUGAACCUUUUAAUAUUAACACCGAAAAAAAGAGAAUUCUUUGGCACCUUAACAAUCUUCUUACCGGCGAUAAUGUUGUAUACCAUCCUCGCUCCCUAAAUGCUUAUCCACAUAUAUUUCCUGAUAACACAUCAUCUCAUCCCACACAAGAUAUUGAACAAAUAGUUAUUGAUGACCCACCAUCUCACCCCGCACAGAAUAUUGACCCUGAAAUUCCUGAAGAAGGUGUAGUAGUUAACACCGGCCCAAUUAUUUUCAUGGAACCCGACCCUCCAUCAAAAAACUUGCGCCGGUCAGAACGCAUUAAAACAAAACAGAAUGCUACACCUAACCCUACUAUCUCAAAAGCUUCACCUAUUGUUUCUUCAGUUCCAUCAUCCUACCCAUUUGUGGAUAAAUGUAAUAAGAAACAUAAAAUAGACUUUCCCUGCGCUGAUACUCGUGCAAGACAUACAGCUAAGUAUUAUGACUCUGGAAAUUUAGGUGAUGCCAUUUGUGAUUAUUGUAAAGCAUUAUUAUUUAAAUCCGAAGUUCAUAAAGCCCAUAAAUAUACACAUAAGCGCAUUGCUUCAUCCUUUUGUUGUAAACUUGGAAAAGUUACUCUUCCUCCUUACACCCCUCAUCCCAAAUACUUGGUAGAUUUGUUAAAUGGAAAGUCAAAAGAAUCCAAAGAAUUUCUUAAAAACCAAAAUAUUUAUAAUACCCUCCUAGCAUUUGCCUCAAUUUCCUGCGGUCAUGAAGACUCUUCCCUAUAUGGAGCAACAUGUUUUAUGUUGAACGGAGAAUUUUCCCGUAUGCUUAGUUCUAUGUUCUCCGGCCAUUUAACUCCUUCUUUCUCCCAAUUAUAUAUUCUUGACGCAAAUGAAGCCCUCAAUUUACGCACCCAAAAUUCCCAAUAUGGUGGAGAUCGUGUCGACCCAUCAACCCUGAAAAAGUUAGAUCAAAUGCUUAGAGAUAACCACCCAUUUCCCAAGGGAUGGCCCUGA